CACUCUUUUUUUUUUUUUUUCUUUUCUCUCUCUCCUAGAGUCGGAUCACCGUCUCUUUCUCCUAUCUUUGAAUCCUUCCUCUUUUCCCUUCCCCCUUUCCUCCCUUUAGCGCACUCUUGACUCUGUUCCACUGAUUGAUUAACUUGCGCAUUUCGGGCCCACCGGCUCCCGCCGCACUUCCCCGUCUCCUGAUCCCCUGAACCUUGACUACCACUCGAGAGCUUUGCACCGCCAAGAUGAGUCGCACCGAGGCUGAUUUGGCCAUCAACAUCCGCAAAGCUACCAGCAUUGAGGAGACCGCUCCGAAACGGAAACAUGUUCGGAGCUGCAUUGUGUAUACAUGGGACCAUAAAUCCUCGGCUGCCUUCUGGGCCGGGAUGAAAGUCCAGCCGGUUCUUGCCGAUGAAGUCCAGACCUUCAAAGCACUUAUCACGAUACACAAGGUGCUGCAAGAAGGCCACCCCAUUGUGAUUCGUGAAGCACAACAACAUGCCAAUUGGAUUGAUAGCCUCAUGCGAGGUGUUGGGGGCGAGGGCCUUCGAGGAUACGGACCCUUGAUCCGAGAGUAUGUUUACUUCCUCGAGUCGAAGCUCGCCUUCCACAGAAACCACCCCGAAUUCAAUGGCCUUUUUGAAUACGAGGAGUACAUCAGUCUGAAGUCAAUCAACGAUCCUAAUGAGGGCUACGAAACAAUUAGCGACCUCAUGACUCUUCAGGACCAGAUCGAUGCGUUCCAGAAACUGAUUUUCUCGCAUUUCCAGUCGGGUACGAACAAUGAAUGUCGAAUCUCUGCGUUGGUCCCGUUGGUUCAGGAGAGUUACGGAAUCUACAAGUUCAUCACUAGCAUGCUGAGGGCCAUGCACACAACAACCGGCGACACCGAAGCCUUGGAGCCCCUCCGUGGGCGGUACGACGCGCAACAUUACCGCCUUGUGCGGUUCUACUACGAAUGUUCCAACCUGCGGUAUCUCACCAGUCUGAUCACUGUUCCCAAACUGCCGCAGGACCCACCAAAUCUACUGUCGGAAGACGAUGACCGUCCCGCUCUUCCAAGACGGCCAGCCAAAGAGCCCGAGCCCGAGCCCACUCCGCCUCCUAAGGCGGUAGCUGCAGAUCCUGAACCCAUCAAUGACUUCUGGACUACCGAGGCAAAGCGCCAGCAGGAGGAAUAUGAGGCGGAGCAACGUCGCUUGCAACAGCAAUGGGAAGAACAACAGCGGCAGCAACUCAUGGCGCAGCAGCAGGCUCAGCAAGACUUCGAGGAACAACAACGUCUCCAGGCGGAGCAACAGCGCCUGGCACAUGAGCAGUUGUUGCGCGACCAGUACCAGACUCAAACCCAAGGACGACUGGCUGAGCUGGAGCAAGAGAAUCUGAAUGCUCGGGCCCAAUACGAGCGCGAUCAACUAAUGCUGCAGCAGUAUGAUCGCCGGGUAAAGGAUCUGGAGGAACAGAUGAACCAGCUGACCGCGAACUUGAACCUGCAAAAUGCUUCCAAGGACGACCAAAUCCGGUCCUUGCAGGAACAAGUGAACACAUGGCGGUCCAAGUAUGAGGCUCUAGCUAAGCUUUAUUCUCAGCUGCGCCAGGAACAUCUCGAUCUGCUGCAGACCACGAAGAGUCUUAAGCUCAAGGCUGCAUCGGCUCAGGAGGCCAUCGAGCGGCGUGAGAAGCUUGAACGUGAGCUCAAGACCAAGAAUUUGGAGCUGGCCGACAUGAUCCGAGAGAGAGAUCGCGCAUUGCAUGAUAGAGAUCGUUUGACCGGCAACAACAAGGAGGAGCUAGAGAAGCUCAAGCGGGAGCUGCGGCUUGCUAUUGAGCGCGCAGAGAAUGCCGAGCGCUCGAAGGGCACAGAGAUCUCUACAUUGUUGUCGAAAUACAACCGCGAGAUGGCCGAUCUGGAAGAGUCUCUUCGGAACAAAACUCGUGCAUUGGAGGAAUACACCUCCAGGAACUCCGAACGUCAGGGUGACCACGAGCUCACUCUUCGCGAAAAAGAUGAGGAGAUUGAGGUCUACAAGUCUGGGAUGGAGCAGGCUCUGAUGGAACUCGAGGAGUUGAAGUUGAGCCAAGGCGAUGUGGAUACUGCCCUGGAUACACAAAUCGAUCAGGUUCUGCACGGCACUGUGGCCAAGAUCAACGAUAUCAUCGAUUCUGUUCUUCAGACUGGUGUUCAACGGGUGGACGAUGCUCUGUACGAAGUGGAUUCUACCAUGCAAGCUGGUAACCAGAAUGCCUCUCCACCCUACGUGCUUUCCCAGAUCGAAAAGGCGUCUGCGUCGGCCACCGAGUUCUCGACAGCCUUCAACAACUACAUUGCCGAUGGUCCCAACAGCACCCAUGCGGAAAUUAUCCGGACUGUGUCUAUCUUCUCCGGAUCGAUCGCCGAUGUCCUCAGCAACACGAAGGGAUUGACUCGCCUCGCUAAAGACGAUAAGAAUGCGGAUCAGCUGCUGAAUGCAGCCCGCAAGUCUGCUCAAGCCACCGUACGGUUCUUCCGGGGACUGCAGUCAUUCCGUCUGGAGGGGCUGGAGGCUCUUCAAAAGACUGAUGUGGUGAUCAACAACAAUCUGGAAGUGCAGAGAGAUCUGCAGGCUCUGUCGAAGUUGGUCGAUGUGUUCGCUCCCAAGAGUGCAAGAAUCACCACCAAUGGAGACCUUGGCGACCUCGUCGACCAGGAACUCUUGAAGGCGGCCGAUGCCAUCGAUGCUGCGGCUCAACGCCUGGCUAAGCUCAAGAAGAAGCCUCGCGAUGGCUACACCACGUAUGAGCUCCGGAUCAAUGACGUUAUUCUAGAAGCUGCUAUUGCCGUGACCAACGCCAUUGCCGAGCUGAUCAAGGCAGCGACCGAGUCGCAGCAAGAGAUUGUCCGCGAGGGCCGUGGUAGCUCGUCGCGCACUGCGUUUUACAAGAAGAACAACCGCUGGACCGAGGGGUUGAUCUCGGCAGCCAAGGCUGUUGCCAACUCGACCAACACUUUGAUUGAGACGGCCGAUGGUGUUAUCUCCGGCCGCAACUCGCCGGAGCAGCUGAUCGUGGCCAGUAACGACGUGGCGGCCAGCACGGCUCAGCUGGUGGCGGCUAGUCGUGUCAAGGCUAGCUUCAUGAGCAAGACCCAGGACCGCCUGGAGACCGCUAGCAAGGCCGUUGGCGCCGCGUGCCGGGCUCUGGUGCGGCAGGUGCAGAGCAUCAUCAAGGAGAAGAACCAGGAUGACACGGAGGCAGUUGACUACAGCAAACUUGGCUCCCACGAGUUCAAGGUGCGGGAAAUGGAGCAACAGGUUGAAAUCCUUCAGCUCGAGAACAGCCUUGCUCGGGCUCGCCAACGCCUGGGAGAAAUGCGUAAGAUCUCCUACCAGGAAGAAUAAAUGCGCGAGGAUGAUCAAGGUGAAUGUGGUUGAGCUGUGCGUGGGUUUUGUGUCCGGUUGUCGCGUGUUGGUAUGGGUUCUCAGCGUCAUUGUACCUACUGUUUGGUUUGUCGAUCCGGAAAAGGUGGACCAACAAUCCUUCUCUUGAUUCUCUUUCCUCUGUUGUUAUAACCCUUUCUUCAAGUUCUCUUUCCUUGUCAAUGACAGUCGUGCAUGGUACUGGCAAUUCUUUCUGUUCUUCGCUCGGCCUGAAGCCGAUAUAGUUCUCGCUGUCGCUUAUAGUUUAAUUCCGUUGGAUAUACCAAGAGUCAAGGCCAUGCAUGACCUCUUCCUUUUUCAAUAACAAC